UGUGACGGUUGCAGAACAAGCUAAUAGCAGAGACAUUGAUACGAGAGGAUUGGGGUUAUACUUUUAGUUUUUUAUGAACGAGACAGCCUAGGCUGAAAAAACUCUGAUAGAUAAAGGUAAAUAAUGGCCAUAGCCAAAACCCUUUGAAUUUAAUAUCAGUUGGGAAAUAAAUCCUUUUUACCCACCCAUUGCUUUCGUGGUUUGCAGGGAGUUAUAUUGGAGGCAUUGGAAGAGAUCAGAAAAGUCGAAUAAAGUGAGAUAUAAUGAUGAUGAUUAGCAGCAACAGAAUUAGCAACAAGGAUGAUGAAGCUGAUGAUGAGAAACAGAGGGAGUGGUCGAAUCUGUCCGAGGACCUGUUGUCUUCCAUACUCUCACGUUUAGCCAUCGGAGACUAUCUUACUUUCAAGUCGGUAUGUAAAUCAUGGAAAGCAGCAACUCUGCCUCCUCUUCGACCAUCAAUGUCAUUACUUGAUUAUUGCCCACAUGAUAAGGAUUCAUAUAAUGACCCCUAUCUCAUGUACUUCAACGAGAAAACCGGCUUCUUCAACUUUCACGAUCCAACACGUAAUUCCACUUAUUCACUUAGCAUUCCUCCCUUGUUGGAUGAUGAAAGUGGUGAAGUUGAACUUUUUCACGCUAGUUGUGGCUGGUUGCUUCUUGGUAAAGGUAGGCAGUCAUAUUUUUUCUAUAACCCGUCAACUGAGGUUAAAAUAGACCUCCCUGACUCGUGCGAAUCGUUUGAGUGGGCAUGUUUUUCUGGAUCACCAACAUCUGCCGUGUGUAAAGUAUUUGGCAUCUAUAGUGGCAAUACAUCUAAGCUUUUAAUUGGAACGUUACAAGUGGGUGAGACACUCUGGUCAAUGUAUGUCCUUGACAAUGAAGGUGACGAUUUUUUUGCUUCCAAUUGCCCCCCUGUUGUGCGCAAUGGAUUCAUUUAUGCUCUAGGGGAAUCUGGAAAUCUAGGAAAGUUUUGGCUUAAGCCCAAGGAGGAAGUUUGUAACUGGAAGAUCAUUGGCAAGCAUAAUCAAAAGCAGUUUUUAAAAUUUCAAGAUCGGUUUCUCUUGGAGAGUGACGGCAAUCUAAUAUGUGUUGCAACUCUUGAGGGCGGUGAAGUUCGGGUGUUGAGGUUCGAUGAUUAUAAUAAGAUUUGGCGGAAGAUAGAGAAUCUAAAUGGGAAAUCAUUUUAUGUUUCUCAUAGGACAUCCAUAUCACGGAAAACAACCGUUAGCGGGACAGGAAACAAGAUCUUCUUUCCGAGGUUUUACGACGGUAAAGGGUUGUUUUAUUGCCUUGCAUCGAAGAAGUGGCACAACUUUCCCAAGAGUUUUUCAAGUGAGAAUUAUUACAACACAAGAGGAAUAGUUCACUGCGUUUGGACUGAACUUCCUCAUCUUUCUGGCUGUGUUGCAUAAUCUGCAUUUAGUUAAUUGUUUUGUUCUUUUUAUGUCUUUUUCUUUUAAUUCAAACUAGUAUAGUUGAGGAUGUACAAGUUUUCAUGUAAUCAUUUUAGGAGAAAUCACAUUUUCAAUUCUUCAAAAAUCCGUAUCCCAAUUUUAAAAUAAGGGAACUAUUUUUUUAAUAUAGGUAUUUUGGGAA